CUGUUCUCGUUAUUCGACCAAUCAGAGUUCCAGAAAUUAAGUCUUGUCUGAGCGCCCGACUUGAAAAAAAAUUGACAUCGGCGUUUCAUCUACUUUUGAAAUGGUGAACAUGGCGUCAGUUGAGGGUAUAGUGGAUUGCCUCCUCCAGGGUCAGCUUGAGACGGCCAUGGACAACAUCCAUGACAUUCUGACCCAGCCAGAAGAGGUCAACGGAAUCAAGGAGUUCAGUAUUCUGAUCCAAGAAGCUGCCAGGCAGGAGGAGAUCCAUCGGUCUCAUAUCAAGGAUGUACUCAAAGCUUACAUAUCGAUGAAAAACAACAUGGAGUCGGUGAUAGCUGAAGAUAAGUCCGCUGAUGCGAUAGGUGAAGAGAUCAACCUACUACAGACACAGCAUCAGAAAGCAUUGCAGACAUCUGAGGCAGCCAAGGAACAAUGUCAAGCAUUGAACGAAGAACGAGAAAAGAUGCAUGCCGAACAGGAGGCGCUGAGUCAGAAGAGAGAGACGGUGAAAGAAGAUACGACACAAGUUCUCCCCAAAACGAGAUAUAAUGUCAGUCUCUAUAGCUGCAUCACAGGCAUCAAGUGGGACUACGAUUGUAAACCAGACGAAAUCAAAGGAUAUGUGAGCACCUCAAAGGACGUCAGGCCCUUCUCGCUAGAUUGCAAACAGCAUUCCAAGUUCUUUACCACAAACUAUCUGUGGGACUUGGUUGAAGCAGCCGUUGAGGCCAAAUGAUUUUUUUUUAAAGUUUAAAGUUUAUUUAUUCCACAUUUUGCAUUAAAAAAACAGUUUAUAUUCUUCUUUUUUUUUUUUAUACAAGAGUAUAUUAUAUAAGAGUAGAUUUCACACAAGAAAAAAAAGAAAAAAAUUACAGAUAUCAAAUCGAGUAUAAUGUACGCAAAAUAAGUACGAAAAUUUCGAAAUAUGUAGAUGUAACAGGCAAGGUAAAACAAUGUAAAAUGUGGGGAGCCUAUUAAAUAAAAAGCAUAGCUUGUAUGUGAAUAGGCUCCCGUACUGAGUAACAAAGUAUAGUAGAUCUGAAUUUAAAAGGUAUUUUAAGAGGCGAAAAACGGAGUAGUAUAGUAUGAGAUUCUAGAGAAAAGCGUGGUUGUACUAAAAAUGUUCAGUUUAUACUUGCUCCAUGAACAAUUUCUGUUUACACCAAUGAGCUUGGAAUCCUAGGAAAGGGGGGGGGAGUCAGAAUAUAUUGUGUACACAAGCCAGGCCACAGGUUUUCCAAAACCUACUAAACAACUUUUUUUCCAUUGGUCGAAGUCACACCCUUUUCCAGAUUUUUCAAGCUUUUUCCUGGAAAAAUUUACCCUCUAAACAAGUUUAACCCCCUC